GUGUGGUGCAGGAAGGUCCAGCUGCAGUUCCCAGAGACAGAGCUGAUAGAGUGGGAGGAGGGGGACCAUGAGGAGAAGUUCUCCCCCAGCGGAGCCGGGGCCAGUCCCAGAGUCCUCAACCCCCUGAGGCUAUUCGCUAGGGGGGUCCCUGGAGCCGUCGGGCCCCCCAGCCUUAAACACAACCCCAUCAGGGACAUGACAUACCUAGAGAACAUGGAGGACUUCUGGGAUUGGUUAUCCAACCAGACAGAUGUUCAGGCCAGCCAGGUCAGAGCCAAGCGACGACCCAUCGUCAAGACAGGCAAGUUCAAGAAGAUGUUUGGCUGGGGAGACUUCCACUCCAACAUUAAGACCAUCAAGCUUAACCUGCUGAUCACCGGGAAGAUCGUGGACCACGGUAACGGAACGUUCAGUGUCUACUUCCGCCAUAACUCCACCGGCCUGGGGAAUGUGUCGGUGAGUCUGGUGCCGCCGUCUAAAGUGGUGGAGUUUGAGAUGGCUCAGCAGUCCACACUGGAGACAAAAGACUCUAAAGCUUUCAACUGUCGUAUCGAGUAUGAGAAGACGGACCGCAACAAGAAGACGGCUCUGUGCAGCUUCGACUCCUCCAAGGUGUGUUACCAGGAACAGACACAGAGCCACGUCUCCUGGCUCUGCUCCAAGCCCUUUAAAGUCAUCUGCAUCUACAUCGCCUUCUACAGCGUGGACUACAAACUGGUGCAGAAGGUCUGCCCGGACUACAACUACCAUAGUGACACUCCCUACUCCUCCACUGGCUGAAGGUCUGCUUGGACUACAACUACCAUAAUGACACUCCCAACUCCUCCACAGGCUGAAGGUCUGCCCGGACUACAACUACUAUAAUGACACUCCCUACUCCUCCACUGGCUGAAGCUCUGCCGGACUACAACUACCAUAAUGACACUCCCUACUCCUCCACUGGCUGAAGGUCUGCCCGGACUACAACUACCAUAGUGACACUCCCUACUCCUCCACUGGC